AUGAGGAAGAUGAAGCCUAUGCGAGCAUCGUUCCCAAUGAUUGGCAAACAUCCGUUUGAGGAGCCGUUAUUCAUGCGUGCGUUAGAUCUUACAAGUAUGCAAGUACCUGAAUUUCCAAAAUAUGCUAACUUAGGUAAUUCUGAGGUAGUAGGAGAAUUAUGUGUUGGAAUGCAAUUUAAUGACAGAGAAAAUGUUAUACGAACAAUUAAACAUUACAGUAUAUCAAAAGGAGUGGACUAUAAAGUAUUUGAGUCUGAACCAAAUACAUUUUACUGUAAAUGUGAUCAUAGCAAGUUGGAUGCAGACACAAUUGCAGAAUGUAUUAAGUCAAUGGUAGAAUCUAACCUUUCUUUUAAGAUCAAACUUGUGAUUAAUGAAGUUCAAGCUCGAUUUGGAUAUACGACAACAUAUAGAAAAGCAUGGAUGACAAAGCAAAAAGCAAUUGAAAAAGUGUAUGGUGAGUGGGAAGCCUCGUAUGAAGCCCUGCCGCAAUGGUCUGUAGCAAUGUGUGACGUUGUUUGUGGGUCAAUUGUUCAAUUGGAUGCUAUUAAAGCUUAUCGCAAUGAUGAGUUGGUUCCUGAUGUUCAAAUAUUACGUUGUAUUUUUUGGAGUUUUGCUCCUUGCAUUCGAGCAUUCAGACACUGCAAACCACUUGUGCAGGUUGAUGGGAUACAUUUAUAUGGAAAAUACAAUGGGGCUUUAUUGGAUGGUGUUGGUAUUAUUUUUGAUCGGCACAAGUCAAUUAAUGUAGCAAUAAAACGAAGUAACGGACAAUGGGAACCUCCAAAGGCAUUUCACAUGUAUUGUAUCAGGCAUAUUGCUGCUAAUUUCUUGCGAAGAUUUAAGACACCUUACUUGCAUAAACUUGUCGUCCGCAUGGGUUAUUCAAGAACUGAAUCAGAAUUUAACAUUCAUUAUGAGCAGUUGAGACAACGUGGAGAGGUAUAUAUAGACUGGCUUAAUAAAAUUCCACGAGAGAAGUGGGUUCUUGCAUAUGACGGCGGGCAUCGAUGGGGUCACAUGACCACCAAUCUUGUUGAGUGCAUUAAUUCAGUAUUAAAGGGCGCUCGUUGUGAGGCAUAUACGCGAAAAAAGGCUGGACAUAUUUUCUCUGAAGCUAUGACGACUCGACUUCAAUCAAAUGAACAAGAAUCUAGAAACCUUUGUGUUACUGUAUUGGAUAGACGAAAUGAGACUUUUCUUGUUCAAGAUGUAAACAAUAAUCAAGAAUAUAAAGUCCAACUCAGGCAAAGGUAUUGUGAUUGUGGUGACAUCCAAACUGAUAGAUAUCUAUGUCGUCAUGUCAUUGCUGCUUGUUCUAGUCAGAACAUUGAUUGGCGUUGUUAUGUCGAAGAUGUUUACAAGAUAAAUGAGUUGUGCAAAGUAUAUAAGAAGAAGUUUGGAGUCAUUGGAAAUGAAAGUACGUGGCGGAUAUAUAGAGGCCCAAAACUGAUUCCUGACCCAAAUUUAAAGCCCAUAAUAAGAGGUCGUCCAAAAUCAACACGUUUUCUCAAUGAAAUGGAUAGGCUUGAGAUGAGAAGAACAUGA